AGCUGAGCUGUGAGGAACACAGGCAGUGAGGGUCUUCACUUCAUAUAUCAGUCACCAGUGCCUCAGCCUCAGCCCGGAGCCAGGGAGUCAAGGAGCGGCUGCUGUACCCAGAGCCAUGCCGUGGCCUGUGCUGUGGGCCUUGUCAGGACUGCUCUGUCUCUGUCGCUCCCAGGCUCUGGGUCAGGAGACAGGUGCCUGUCCAGAUGUUAAGAUCAUAGGUCUGGGGGCCCAGGACAAGGUGGCUGUGAUCCAAAGUUGCCCUGGCUUUCCUGGCCCACCUGGACCCAAAGGGGAGCCUGGAGCCCCUGCUGGGAGAGGAGAACGGGGCUUUCAGGGCAGCCCAGGGAAGAUGGGGCCCCCCGGCAGCAAAGGAGAGCCAGGAACCAUGGGGCCCCCAGGAGCCAAAGGGGAGAAAGGCGACACGGGAGCUGCACCACCGCUGGGUGAAAAGGAGCUGGGAGACACCCUGUGCCGGAGAGGACCCCGGAGCUGCAAAGACUUGCUGGCACAGGGGGUCUUCCUGACGGGCUGGUACACCAUCCAUCUUCCUGACUGCCGGCCACUGACUGUGCUCUGUGACAUGGAUGUGGACGGUGGAGGUUGGACUGUUUUUCAACGACGAGUGGAUGGGUCCGUCAAUUUCUUCCGAGACUGGGACUCGUAUAAAAGAGGCUUUGGCAACCUGGGCACGGAGUUCUGGUUGGGUAACACCUACCUGCACCUGCUCACAGCCAAUGGGAGCCAAGAGCUCCGGGUCGACUUAAGAGAUUUCCAAGGUGAAUCAUCCUAUGCCAAGUACCGCUCAUUCCGGGUGUCUGGAGAACAGGAGAAAUACAAGCUGACCCUGGGGCAGUUUCUGGAGGGCACUGCAGGAGACUCCCUGACAAAGCACAACAGCAUGCCAUUUACAACCCACGACCAAGAUAAUGAUGCAAACAGCAUGAAGAAUUGCGCAGCUUUGUUCCACGGAGCCUGGUGGUACCACGACUGUCACCAGUCCAACCUCAAUGGGCGUUACUUGUCUGGCUCCCAUGAGAGUUAUGCGGAUGGCAUCAACUGGCUAACUGGCCGAGGCCACCGCUACUCUUACAAGGUUGCUGAGAUGAAAAUCCGGGCAUCUUAAGGUGCCCCAACCCCCACCCACCCCUGCAGCCGUGUCCAGGCCAUGUGGGAACACUGAAGUCUGUGUGCUAUCUGCUGUGUGCUCUCUACACUGCCCUCGGGACACUGUCCAGCACUGACUAGUAUGCACUAAUAAAGGUCAGAGAAGCAGA